UUCGGCCAGUCGAUCGCUUGACAGAGCCGAGUCCGCACUCACGCGAGCACGCCGGGAGGAUUACCGCUCUUCUGGGGUCUCGUACUGGAAUACAGUUUGGUCCUGCUGGCCUGGCUGGCAUCGCCGUUUCUGGACGAGCCGACACGAGCUUGGAGGGCAGCACUCCGCGCGACUUUGGAGCCCCAGAUCAUGCCCCCAAGAUAGCAGGCUGACCAUAAAAAUGCCACCCCGAAAGCGGGCACGCCCCGCUCUGGGGUUCCUGUGCUGCUUCGGGAGCAGCGAUCACCCAGAGAUUAAUCUGAAGGACACUGUGCCCCUGCAGUACCUGGAGUUUACAGUGCCUAUGCCACCUGCCGAGGAACUGCACGCCCGCUUCUCGGAGCUUGUGGAUGAGCUGGACCUCACGGACAAGAACCGAGAGGCAAUGUUUGCCCUUCCAGCUGAAAAGAAAUGGCAGAUUUACUGCAGCAAGAAAAAGGAGCAGGAGGACCCCAAUAAACUGGCCACCAGCUGGCCCGACUAUUACAUUGACCGAAUCAACUCUAUGGCUGCUAUGCAGACGCUGUUUGCCUUUGACGAAGAAGAAAUGGAGAUGAGGAACAAAGUUGUGGAAGACCUGAAGACGGCGCUGCGGACCCAGCCGAUGAGGUUUGUGACUCGAUUUAUUGAGCUGGAUGGACUGACCUGCCUGCUGAACUUCCUGAAGAGCAUGGACUACGAGACCUCGGAGAGCCGCAUCCACACCUCCGUGAUUGGCUGCAUCAAGGCGCUCAUGAACAACACUCAGGGCCGUUCGCAUGUCCUGGCACACCCCGAGAGCAUCAACAUCAUCUCGCAGAGCCUCCGGCAGGACAACGUCAAGACCAAGGUGGCGGUGCUCGAAAUCCUGGGGGCCGUGUGCUUGGUGCCCGGUGGACACAAGAAGGUGCUGCAGGCCAUGUGUCACUACCAGAAGUACGCCGCCGAACGAACCCGCUUCCAGACCUUGCUGAAUGAGCUGGACAGGAGCACAGGGCGCUACCGGGAUGAGGUCAACUUGAAAACUGCCAUUAUGUCCUUCAUCAACGCCGUCUUGAAUGCUGGGGCAGGAGAGGACAAUCUGGAGUUUCGAUUGCACCUGCGGUACGAGUUCUUGAUGCUGGGGAUUCAGCCCGUAAUCGACAAGCUACGAGAACACGAGAAUGCCACUCUGGACAGGCACUUAGAUUUUUUUGAAAUGGUCAGAAAUGAGGAUGACCUGGAGAUGGCCAAGCACUUUGAUGCGGCACACCUCGACACCAAGAGUGCCACCCAGAUGUUUGAUGUGGUCAAGAAGAGGUUGACGCACACAGACUGCUACCCGCAUCUCCUCUCCAUCCUGCAGCACUGCCUUCAGAUGUCAUACAAGCACAGCCACAGCAAUCUCCAGCAGUGGCAACUGUUGGACCGCAUUCUGCAGCAGCUGGUCCUUCAGGAUGACAAAGGUGACGAUCCAGACGUGGCACCGCUAGAGAACUUCAGCGUCAAGAACAUCAUCCGCAUGUUAGUGAAUGAGAACGAAGUCAACCAAUGGAGGGACCAGGCCGAAAAAUUCCGGAAAGAACAUGCAGAAUUACUGGCUCGACUGGAGAAGAAGGAGCGGGAGUGUGAGGCGAAGACACAGGAGAAGGAAGACAUGAUGAAGACGCUCAACAAGAUGAAGGACAAGUUGCAGAAGGAGUCCACUGAGCUGCGACAUGCCCGUGAGCAGGUGGUAGAUCUGGCAUCCAGAAUCAAUGACUAUGCGGGCGUGUCUAUCCCUUUUCCUCCCCCUCCUCCACCUCCUGGUGACCCCUUAGCCCCCCCUCCACCCCCUCCUCCUUUGUCAAUUGGAGGCUGCCCACCUCCUCCCCCAAUGUCCUACUCUUGUCCGCCACCCCCUCCUCCCCCCCCACCCCCACCUGAAGGACCCCCUCCUCCUCCUGGUGCACCUCCUUUUUUCAGCAUUGGAGUGCCACCUCCUCCUGGGCCACCCAUUGGCAGCAACACGGCCCCCAGUCUACGGACCAAGUGCAUUCCUCAGCCAUCUCAUCCGCUGAAGUCCUUCAACUGGUCCAAGCUCGGAGAGAAUAAAAUCACCGGGACCAUUUGGACUGAGAUUGACGACGUGCGAGCCUUUAAGGUGCUCGACCUCGAAGAUUUUGAGAAGAUGUUCUCGGCCUACCAAAGGCAGCAGGACCUGCUCACUAACGCUUCCUUCAGGCAGAAGGAGAUGGGCUCCAUGGACGACUUAUUCCUUCCCAGCCGCAAAGUCAAGGAGCUGUCUGUGAUCGACGGUCGGCGGGCUCAGAACUGCGUCAUCCUGCUGUCCAAGUUGAAGCUUUCUAAUGAAGAAAUAAAGCAUGCCAUCUUGGAGAUGGACGAACAGGAAGACCUUGCCAAGGAUAUGCUGGAGCAGCUGCUCAAGUUUGUUCCAGAGAAAAGUGACACUGACCUCCUGGAGGAGCACAAGCACGAGAUCGAGCGCAUGGCCAGAGCUGACCGCUUCCUGUACGAGAUGAGCAGGAUUGACCACUACCAGCAGAGGCUCCAGGCCUUGUUCUUCAAGAAGAAGUUCACAGAGAGACUAGCGGAGACGAAGCCUAAGGUCGAAGCCAUCCUGAGUGCCUCCCGUGAAGUUUGUCGCAGCAAGCGGCUCAAGCAGAUUUUGGAGGUGGUGCUCGCCUUCGGCAACUUCAUGAAUAAGGGGCAGAGGGGCAACGCCUUUGGCUUCAAGGUUUCCAGCCUCAACAAAAUUGCAGACACCAAAUCCAGUAUUGACAGGAAUAUCACCAUGUUGCACUAUUUGAUCAUGAUCUUCGAGAAAAGCUACCCAGACAUCCUCAACAUUCAGCAAGACCUCCAGAGCUUACCAGAGGCGGCCAAAGUCAAUUUGGCCGAGCUGGAGAAGGAAGUCCUGAGUAUUAAGAGUGGACUGAAAGCCCUUGAGACGGAGCUGGAGUACCAGCAGCAGAGCCGAGUCCGUGACCGAGGGGACAAGUUUGUGCCGGUGGUCAGCGACUUCAUCACGGUGGCCAGUUUCAGUUUCUCAGAGCUGGAGGACCAGUUGAAUGAAGCCAAAGACAAGUUCAUGAAGGCCCUGAAGCACUUUGGUGAGGAGGAGAGCCGCCUGCAGCCCGAUGAGUUCUUUGGGAUCUUCGACACGUUCCUGCAGUCGUUUAGCGAGGCGAGGCAGGACCUGGAGAACAUGCGGCGCAAGAAGGAGGAGGAGGAGCGGCGGGCACGUAUGGAGGCCAUGCUCAAGGAGCAACGGGAGAAGGAGCGGCGCCUGAAGAAGACGAAGGCUGGCAGCAUCUCGGAGGAGGGCGGCGAGUUCGAUGACCUCGUGUCCGCCCUGCGCUCAGGGGAAGUCUUCGACAAGGACCUGUCCAAACUCAAGCGAAACCGCAAGCGUUCCGGAAGCCAGCUGAUCGAAAAUGGCAGCCGAGAGCGGGCCGUCACCAAAGUCACCUAUUGACCGGUGGCACUCAGCUGGCCUGCACAUCCCCCUGCCCUAUAACUAACUCAAAUGGACGGACAGAUGGCAGGGGGUUGGCGUUUAGCUGUGGUCACUCAAAAUGGACUCCCUAGAUUGAUGGAGGAAGGACGUGGAGACGGCCGUGUGGUAUUUUGACUGGCAGGGAGCUGUGUGGACGGAGGCCUCGCCCUCGGUGGGUGACUUCGUGGUAGAAGUGACUGAACUUCUGAGUCUGCAUCCCUGUGUGUCUUCUGACCGCCACGCACUGACUAUAAUCGUAUUGUCACUCACUUGGGUCGGCCUGAUGACACUCGAGACGAAUUACUUGCCCACGUGGCUCCAGUGUGCCCAGAGACAUCGCACAGGGGGCACCUCCGAAAUCCAGGCUCACUUGAGGGCGAGGUGUGGAGCCAGCCAAGACCACUCAGUUGGGAGGUUAGUGUGCCCCUCAGGAUGCCCGGCACUGCCACUCACAUUGGAGAGAGAAAAAGUGAAGUCAUGAUCAAGACAAGUGAGGUGGCACCGUCGAUAUGCCCAGGGGGUCCAUUCCGUUACGUUAUGUGCAGCCUGAUGUGAAAGGCGCUAUAUAA